UCUCUAAUGGUGGAAGAUGAGCCCGAGUUAUCUGUGCCUGAGCAUCAGCAAGAAAGACGAAAGAAACGUUCUGCUGUUGGCACACCUGACUAUUUGGCACCAGAGGUACUAUUGGGAACAGGACAUGGUACAACUGCCGAUUGGUGGUCAGUUGGUGUGAUUUUGUUUGAACUGAUUGUUGGUAUUCCACCCUUCAAUGCAGAGCAUCCUCAGGUAAACAUGUUGAUUCUACAAGAUUCCAUCAUUGAUGAUGUUUGUUGCAUUCUGUUUGAUUUGCUCUUGUUGUAUCAUUUUUGUUAUUUAUUAUACUUAAUGUUUUGAACUUGUAUAAACCUCUCCAUUUUUUCUGCGUUUUGCUUUGUUGGAUUAUGGUGCCAAAGGACAAGCUUAUUGCACUUUCUUUACGUAUCUUUUCACUGGUCUUGUGGGGUCUUGAGUAGAAUCUUGAACUGAUAAAGAAAUGAUUGUUUCAAAUAUAUAAUUUUGUUAUAUGAUUUUCAUAAGU